UUCUGGCGUAAAAGAUAUCUGCUCAUUAGUGCUGCACUGACCGACUGAUCUUUCCUUACAUUCGCUCAGUCGGCAAAAUAGCACAGAGGAGGUGUCAUUCACAUACAUUUCUCACUUUCCUUUAGUACAUAAUGGCAAGUCACACAACUGGGUUAUUCUUAUUUUGUGUUUCGGUGGCGUUCUCCUAUGUUUCCACGUCUCCCCACGUCUGCAGCAACUCCCUCAUACCUGGAGCUAAAGGAGACCAAGGAGAGAUUGGAUACGAAGGAGAUGAGGGCAGAAUGGGGAAGAACGGACCACCAGGACAUCCAGGAGCAGUAGGAGAUGUGGGAUCGAAGGGCGAUGUUGGUCACAUAGGAAAGAUGGGGCCCAUUGGAGCCCAAGGAGACAAAGGAAACACAGGCUUGGAUGGACCCUUGGGUUUGAAGGGGAAAGCAGGCACUACUUGUGACUGUGGAAGGUACAGGAAGGUGAUUGGACAGAUGGAUGUCAAUUUGGGCAAGCUGAGGAACACAGUCAAGUUUGUCAAAAAUAUCAUGUUGGGCCUGACAGAAAGUGACGAGCAUUACUACCUGCUGGUGAAGGAGGCCAAAAGAUUCACGGAGGCCUCGAUGAACUGCGAGCUGAGAGGCGGCAUCCUGGCCAUGCCGAAUAAUAUUGAUAUUAACCGCCUCAUAGCUGAUUAUGUCAGUCAGUCUGGACUCACGAGGGUUUACAUCGGAGUACAGGCUAAAAACACAGACACGCUCAUACAUGAGGGAAGAAACAGUUCCCGGGACACAGAUUCCAAACCACUCAAGGACUUUCCUGCAUGGAGUCAAGACGAGGAGCUCACCUCUUCCAGCCACAAUGCGAGUUGUGUGGAGCUGCUCAGCACAGGGACAUGGAGUCAUGUGGAGUGUGACAUGGCUAUGUUUUUCAUCUGUGAGUUUCCAAAAAGCAGGAUAAGAGGAUGAGGAGGAGAAAGAAGUGCGACUUACUCUGCAUCUUGUGUCAUUGAACAGACUUUUCUUACAAAUCCAGUCCAGUAAAUGAUACAUUACACUGAA